CCGCGAUAAGCCGCAAGAGUUGCUAACUAUUCAAGUCAACACUGACAGUUGAUUGAAGUCGACAAUUGAAGUUUUCUCUCAUAUUCCUCUCUCAAAAUAUUUGGAGAAAUGGCUGGUAUUGAAACACCAAGUACCGUGUUUGUUCAGAUUACCAGCUCAGUGACCUCUUUUACAUCGGAAAAAAGGCUUCAGAGAAACGAAACCAUUUCGCUUCUGAAGGGAAAAUUGGAGCUAAUCACUGGCUGCUCUGCAAUGACGAUGGAAGUUCAAUUAUUGGACAAAGAAGGAAAGUUUCUUUGUAUUCUCAACAAUGAAGAUGCUCUCUUGGGUGCUUAUCCAGUUGAUGAUAAUAUGAGACUGCAUGUGGUUGAUAAAGAUCCCACCAAAAAGGCAGGUGAAUUUGAAGAUUUAUCAGCAGUGGAAAAGUAUGAGAUGAGCACAGAAGAUUACUCUAAAAGAUCUGAUUCAGUGAGAGCCUUCAAACAAAAAAACAAGUUGGGCCAGUUUAAAGAGAAAACUCCUGAAGAAAUUGAAGAAGAGAAAGAGAGAGAACGACAAGAAGAAACUGCUUCAAAAGCAAUCACUGUUGGUUCUCGAUGUGAGGUCAGGGUUAGCAAUGCUCCUGCCAGAAGGGGUGUGGUCAUGUUUGUAGGGAAAACAAGCUUCAAACCUGGCUGGUGGGUCGGAGUUAAGUAUGACGAACCGUUUGGAAAAAAUGACGGCAGUGUUGCUGGAAAAAGAUACUUCACAUGUCCACCCAAAUAUGGAGGAUUCAUUAAACCCAAGGAUGUCACAUUGGGUGACUUUCCAGAAGAAGAUUUAGGCUUUGAAGAUGAUGAAAUGUAAACUAUGAACAUGUCCCAAAUUCAUCCCUCUUUGCUUCUAUAAUGUAUAAGGGGGGGCAUUUGAGUUUUAGUCUUAGCACUAAGAAGGCGAUUGUGUGCCAGUGUGGAUUGAAGCAAGUGCAAGAUAAUAGUGAUUUAGGGCUCUACACUAACUGUAGCCAACUAGCCACAGACUAGUAGAUAUUCAGUUUUGGUCAGUGGUUUUUUUAUUUCCACUAACCAGUUUGGCUAGUAAACAAACCAAAAUUGUUGUAAGAUUUAAUUUGUCACUAGCCACUUGGCUAGUAUGUUGAAAAGUUAGUGUUGAGCCCUGUGAUUGAUAUGUCAUAAUUGUUGCCUUGACAGCAUUAAUAUGCCCACUGUUUGUUAUUUAUUUCAAGUUUUUGAAAAUCUUGAAGGAUUCAAGAACAGAGAAUGGAUUAUUGUACUUUUUUAUUAUAAGGCACACCAUUCUUUUUAAGUAAAAACCUCUGCACAG